UUAGCUACAGUUUGAUUUUUGUAGCGGCGUGUCAAACCUGUCAAGGCUGACAAAAUGUAACCAGACGUCUCAGGACAGAUAUGAAGGGGGGGGCAUCUGUCUUAAUAGCAUUAUGGGAACAGGUGGUUCACGGAGACAUAGGUUCAGUUUCUCAAGAGUUUCUGAGUGGAAAAGCCCUUAUUGUGGUGCCGAAUGGCGGAGGGGGCGUCGGGUCAACACAUCCUGGUUGGGAAGGGACAUCUUCAUCCUUCUCUAUGGUCCCAAACCAUGAAUAUCGUGGGCCAGCUAGCCGAGACGGUGUUUGUGACCGUGAAGGAGCUGUACCGCGGCCUGAACCCUGCCACCCUGACGGGGGGGAUCGACGUCAUCGUGGUGCGACAGCCCGAUGGAUCUUUCCAGUGCUCCCCCUUUCACGUCCGCUUUGGCAAGCUCGGCGUGCUGCGCUCCAAGGAGAAGAUCGUGGACAUUGAGAUAAAUGGGGAGUCUGUCGACCUGCACAUGAAGCUGGGGGACAACGGAGAAGCUUUUUUUGUGGAGGAAAAUGAAAAUCAGGGGGUCCCGGCCCAUCUGUGCACCUCCCCGAUUCAGCUUGAGCUCCCUGAGGACAUCGACGACACCACCGAGGGUCUGGGGCCCACUGGGAACGGAGCCCGGAGGAAGAAGCGUCGCCGCAAACGCGUGCGCUCCGACUCUCACCUGAGAGAAGAGGCCAGCUCCUCCUCAGACGAGAGGGAAAGAGAGAAAGAGUGUGAGAAGGAAGCUGAUCUCUUCCAACAGGAGAGCUCCUCUCCCGAGGAGCUGACCACAUCCCUACAAAUCAGUAAAUCAGUUUACUUUUCGCUGUCGGAGGAACCAAACGAGGAACUGGGUGCCGUGCAACCCAGAGACGCCCAUCCACACUCGGACGGAGAGCAGUCACCCUCAGAAAACAAUGUGUUCUUCAGCCGGCCUUGUUCUCCUAAAAGCGACUCGGAGCUUGUGGUCAAAAGCCAGGAUUCCACCGGACCUCAGAUGCAGUGGAACUGGGGAGACUUUCCGAUGCUCUGUCAACCAGGCAAGAUGUCAGUGGAGGAGCAGGGCAUCUCUCCAUCAGAUAGUUCUCAUUUCCGCACCAUCGAGAGACAGGAGUGCUUUGACAUGGGCGCCGAGCCUUUCCUCACCUUCGGGAGUGCAGGCAGGGUGACUGUGGUCAAGCCACUACCCCGGACUCAAUCUGUGGAUUUAGGAAGCGUCUCCGUGCAAAACACCCCCCCUCUGCCCAAAGACAAACCCCCCCACGUUUCUCACUCCACCCUCACGGAACUCUUCGUGUCUUGUGAUACAUCUGUGAAUUUGGACUCGACACAGCCAUUUGAGUCCUCGCCGGCGCAGCACGGGAACACCAGCUGUGUCGCAGAGAGUCCCGGUCACAUUGAUACGGAAAACGCGACCACUGGAGCCAAACCGAGCGGCGCGGAAGAGCAACUUGAAAAAGGGAGAAAAGAGCAAACGGUCCUGCAAACACAUCCGAGUGGCUCGGAGCCGUCGCAGCUGCUGCAGCGCUCCUCGCCUGAGCAGAGCGAGCAGGGCUCCACCGGCAGCGCCCGCGUCAGUGAGGGGGACAGUGGAAUCGACCCGUGUGCCGAGGGAGCGGAGGAGGACGCUGCAGGAGAGUCAGCCAGCGCUGCUGAGGCGUCUUCCAAAGCGGAGCAGCAGGAUAAGAAGAAAGGUAAACGGAAUCACCAUCUAGGACCAACGGAUAUCUACCUGGACGAUCUGACCACUCUGGACCCUGAAGUGGCGGCACUUUACUUUCCAAAAAGCGAGGCAGAGGGAGCGUUUCAGUUGGAGCAGGGCCAGGGCUCAGGAAGCCAUUCCCCCCAGUCGGUGGGCAGCGGAGCGAUGGACAGCGGCACAGAGUACCUGUCAGACUCCACCUCCUACAACAUGGAAGUCAGCAUGUCCCUCUGCGGACAGGAGGGCGACACCAGCCAAAUCACCAAAGAAAAGUUCAUGGAGCAUUUUGUAACGUACCAGGACUUCGCCAACAAUCCAGGAAUCAUUGAAGAUCCAAGUCUCGUCAUUUGCAUAAACUCUAACUAUUACAACUGGGCAGUGGCUGCGCCCAUGGUCUUAUCAAUGACAGCAUUCCAGAAAAAUCUACCCAAGAGCACAGUAGAGCGACUGGUGAAGGACAAAAUGCCCAAAAAGUCUGGACGCUGGUGGUUCUCCUGGAGGAGGAGGGAGUUGGACAACAGCCAGCAGAAGAACUCGAAAGAAGAGCAAGAAGAGCCCCUGAUGAGUGUUCCUGCCACAGUCAUAGCCACACUGGACGACAUUGACAGCGACGAGGCUGCAGGACUGGGCCGAAAAGCCGUCAUCCCUCCCUCCAUGUCUGCAGAAACCCUCAGCGCCACUCAGUCCAUCAGCCAGGUUUACCGCAAAUCCCUGCGUCUGACUUCCAAACAAAUAGAGCAUCUGAAACUCCGUGAAGGAGCCAACAAAGUGGUGUUCAGUGUGACCACGCAGUAUCAGGGCACCUGCCGCUGUGAGGCCGCCAUCUACCUGUGGAACUGGAACGACCGCGUGAUCAUCUCCGACAUCGACGGCACCAUCACCAAGUCUGAUGCUCUGGGUCACAUCCUGCCUCAGUUCGGAAAGGACUGGACGCACAAGGGCAUUGCCAAGCUCUACCACAAAAUACACGAAAAUGGCUACAAGUUCCUGUACUGUUCGGCGCGGGCGAUCGGCAUGGCCGCCAUCACUAAAGACUACCUGCACUGGGUCAACGACAGAGGCACGGUGCUUCCUAAAGGCCCUGUGCUGCUGGCGCCCAGCAGCCUCUUUUCUGCACUGCACAGGGAGGUGAUUGAGAAGAAGCCCGAAGUGUUCAAGGUGGCCUGUCUCAGUGACAUCAGGGACCUGUUUAACCCCGGCAGGCAGCCGUUCUACGCAGCCUUCGGCAACAGGACCAACGAUGCGUUCGCCUACACGCAGGUCGGAGUGCCUGAAGCCAGGAUAUUUACUGUCAACCCCAAAGGAGAGCUCAUCCAGGAGAAGACGAAAGGAAACAAGUCCUCGUACUGCCACCUGGGCGAGGCGGUGGACCAUUUCUUCCCUGAGCUCACUGCCGAGGGGAGCGCGUCCUCUGCUCUCCACUGUCCUGAGUUCAGCAGUUUCUCCUUCUGGAAGGAGCCGCUGCCGGAACUGGACCUGGAUGCACUCCUGUAAACACAACGAAAGCCAGCAGAACUGCACACCCACACGUAAAGCCAGGGCGCGUAUUCUCAGACUGAUCCCAGCGUGACUGAAGAUUGCCUUCGAGAGAAAACGGUUCCGUUUCUCUUCUGCACCCAAAUGUAGAAACAAAUAAAUUCAUAAUAUGCAGAUAUGUCCUAUAAACAACUGCGGCAAAAAUGAUGCAGCACUCCCCUUGCCUGUUAGAACAGAACAGGAUGUUACACUGUUUCAUGUUUUUUGUUCGUUUGUGUAUGAGUGUCACGAGCAGCCACAAUUUUUGUUUUUUGAAAAUCAUUCGAGCCAUUCAACUCAUAUUUUUUCUAUAAAUGUGGACCAAAUAUAUAUUAUUAAUAUUUGAUCAUUUCUCCUGCAAAUGCCAAAAUAUGCACCGACGAGACCAAAAAACACAGAUACACAUGGAUCAUUUCAGUGGAGAUGAGAGUCAUUGUGUGCCUUUGUGAUUGUAAGCAGAAAUAUAUUUGAGCUUCUUUUUCAUGGACAUAGGUGGAGAAUGAUACAGCUGCAUGUAGCCAGAAACUAUUUUUUUGAGAAUAUUUUUGAAAUACUUUUUAGAUGAUAAUUAUCUGAUAAGCUGAACUUCCCUGAUCAGUGUUGAGUAUUCUUUCACUUGUCAGGUAAAUUAGUGUUUUCACAUUGCACUUGAUCACCAGUGAAUGCAAACUAUUUGAACCGCUGUUUAAAACGACAGCAUGCACAUUUCACAUCCUCUACUCCGACUCUUCACUACCAAGUUGAGAAAUGUUUGUACGCUACAUGAAUGAUACGGUGCGUCGGGCCGACGCUGACGUUUGAGGUGAAUAAGCUGGAUGAUGUGCCUCUGUAUGACGACUGUUAUAUUUAUUGCUUUUAGCAUGUUGUUUAAUCAUUGAGCUGGGUGGCGAUGCAUCAAAGGAAAGGGUUUUUAAUGGUGAUUUCAUGAAUGAAAUGUACAGGAAAAUAAAUUACAUGUAAAUGAC